AUGCUGGUCGGGAUAUUGGUAGUUGUUUAUAGUAUACCAAAAGAACCAGUUGUAAUUUGUGAUAUGAACUUUGCUUUGGUAAAUCCUAUACAAGUCGAAUACAACUAUCGGCCACAAUCUGUUGCUGUUGGUGAUUUCAAUAAUGAUACUUGGAUCGAUAUUGUUGUUGCAAAUCGUGCAACGAACAAUAUAGCUGUGUUUUUUUGGAUAUGGUAA